AGAGCGGCGCGGCGGGCUGAGGCGGCCGCGGCGGCCACUGCUCCCUGCGGCCCUCGCUGCGUCCCGGCGCUCAGAUUGUGGAAACCUGACCUGUGACUGACAGCGUGACGGCUGCACUGAGAGGUGGGAUUUCUGCGUAUUUUGGUCUCAUGUUGGUUGUUCCUGAGCACCAGCAACGCUGCACAUUUGUGAUUUUACUAGGAUGGGUUGCCUGAUUCCCCAGCAGACAGUCUUGGACGUGACGCACUGCCUGGAAUCUGCUUGGUCACAGGAACAGAACAUAUUCCUUGUUUAACAACCAGACGCCACACAUCCUAUCGCCUGCCUAAACAGGGCCGGCGCUGAAGGAGAGGAGAAAUGGCGGAGGAGAGAAAAGACGAGGCCAAGUCACCGCACUGGACGUCAAGCCAGCUCACGGAGGCUUCUUCGCACCCACACUCCCCUGAGCUCAAGGACCAAGGCGCUGCGGGUGCCGGGCUGGUCCGAAGCGCCAAUGGAUUUCCCUUCCGCGAGGACGAGGAGCAGCAGGGCACCUACUCUCGAACCAAAGAGAACGGCAUCAACGGGGAGCUAUCGACAGGGGACAGGGAGACUGCAGAAGAAGUGUCUGCAAGGAUAGUGCAAGUAGUAACAGCUGAAGCUGUAGCAGUCCUGAAAGGCGAACAGGAAAAAGAAGCCCAGCACAAAGAUCAGCCCGGAGCACCACCUUUAGCAGUUGAAGAGUCGGCCAACCUGCCCCCUUCGCCGCCUCCAUCGCCGGCUGCCGAGCAGACAGGACCUCUGGAGGAAGAAGAAGAAGCAGUAGAGAGUCCGAUGGCCACGGAAGCGAAACCUGCUGCUCUUCCUGGGAAGCAACCGGGGAAAGAGCAGGAGCUUGUUGAGCCUGCAGGGCUGGCAAAGGGCCUCAGGGAGGGCCAGCCAGGUUCUGCUUUGGAGGCCCAAGUGUCUCGCGAAGACCGAGUGCCGAGUGUGGCAUCCAGCGUGGCAGCUGUGGCGGAAACGUCCCUCAAAGACACGCGCCCUUCCUUGGCUGAGGAAGCCACGAAGAUGGAAAGCCGUGUCCAGGAGGGCGCGCACCCUUUCACAGCAGAACCAUUAGCCACAAAGGAAUAUGAAUUUUGGAAAGACAGUAAGACUGGUGAGCAACCUAAACACGAUGCCUUAGUUCCACAGCCAGCAAAAACAGAGGCUAUAGAUAAAAAGGAUCCACAGAGCAAAGACAGAAUGCCUUCACCUCUGUCAGACCAGAUUUUAGAAACUGAUGCCAAAAAGAAAGGGGAAGCCACUUCUGCAGAACCUUCUGCAAAGCCUCCUGUUUCUCAAGAACACAAAGAUUUGUCAUCUGAACUGCCUAAAGGGAGCAAAACAGAAGAAAGGAUUGCAGAUGUGCCCUUGCCAGCCAGCCAAGAAAUCUCUGUGAAAUUUAAAGAUGACUUCAAAGAUGUCCAAGAACUUGCCAUCACCCACGGUGGGAAUUUCUUAUUGCCGUCAGAACCCAAGGCAGAUGAAGCAAAAAGUGAACUUCCUUCAGACUCAUCUCUCUUGGUCCUGCAGAGGCUGCCCCCUGAAGACAGUUUCAAAACAAAACAGGAACCCACUGAUCAACUGCUUGCCAAAGAUCUCACUAAAGAAGAGCAGAUCCACAGAGACAAGACACCAACCCCGCAAGAAGUUUCAGCAGUAACUGUAGAUGGACUGAAACCACCGAGCACGCAGAAGAUGCCUGCCUGGGGGGAGGAAAAGGACAUGACCAAGGAGGAGAGUGAUGAGGAGGAAAGGUACGACUUCUAUGAUAAAGGGGAAGCUCGAAUAUUAGAUGAUGGCAAAUUUACCACUAAACCUGAAGAGAAGACACUUUUUCCAGACAAAACAGACUUUCAAAAGGAGGGUGAAGCUAAAACGUUCCCUGAUAUUUUCAAAGCAGAAAAAGACAUGGACCAAAGGGGGCUCCCAGCAACAACAGACACAAAGAAGGAGGUGCAGCCAACGACAGAGGUGUCCUCUGGCAAGUUAAGCCCAGAAGUGACCCUUGGAAAAACAACAGAGCACCCUGAUACCACCCCGUUAUCCAGAACAGCAGAGAAGGGGCCUGAGGCACCAGGUUUAACCAGUGACAAGAUUCCUACUCUAGAACCUGUUCAAGCAAAAGAUGUUACAAAAGACACCAGGCAGGACAAGAUAAGUGUUUUGGAUUCAGUUACUCACGAAAUGACAACAGAAGAGGAUCGAUCAGGAAUGUCAAAGUAUUUUGAAACCUCUGCUCUGAAAGAGGAAGCAACCAAAGGAGACGUUCUGAAGCUAGGCAGUGAUUACUAUGAGCUAAGUGACACUAAAGAGAGUGCAUAUGAGCCUUAUCAGGCAGAUCGUCUAAUACCUGAAAGCAAAGAGGAAGAGGAGGAAGAAUUGCAGACAGAAGCGGAUCAGCAGCAGCCUGUGCCUGCUCAUGAAAUAGGGUACAGUACCCUUGCUCAGAGCUUCCCACCCGACAAAUCUGAGGAGCCAAGUUCCCCGACUGAAAGAAUGUUCACUAUUGACCCCAAGGUCUAUGGAGAUAAGAGAGAGCUCCAUAGUAAAAAUAAAGAUGACCUAACUCUGAGCAGGAGUUUGGGACUUGGGGGCAGAUCUGCAAUUGAGCAGAGAAGUAUGUCUAUCAACCUGCCCAUGUCCUGCCUGGAUUCAAUUGCUCUAGGAUUUAGCUUUGGCCGUGCACACGAUCUCUCUCCUCUUGCUUCAGAUAUUCUAACUAACACUAGUGGUAGUAUGGAUGAAGGUGAUGACUACUUGCCGGCAACCACACCAGCAUUGGAGAAGGCUCCUUGCUUCCCCAUUGACAGUAGAGAUGAAGAUGAACACAUUGAAGAGGAAAAAGCAAUGCCUGAAGAAAAAGUCCAGCCCGAGACAUCGGUUGAGUCACCUUUCCCAGCCAAAGACUAUUACAAAAAUGGUGCUGUAAUGGCUCCUGAUCUUCCCGAAAUGUUGGACUUAGCAGGGACAAGAUCUAGGUUAGCCUCUGUGAGUGCAGAUGCUGAGGUGGCACAGAAGAAGCCAGUUCCCUCUGACACUGCUGCGGAAGACAGCAGCACAGCCCUGCCGCCUGUGACAGAUGAAAACCACGUAACUCUGAAAGCUGAGAGUCAGCUGGAAGACUUAGGCUACUGUGUUUUCAAUAAGUACACAGUCCCACUGCCUUCUCCUGUUCAAGACAGUGAGAAUUUAACGGGUGAAACCUGUCCAUUUUACGAAGGCACUGAUGAAAAAUUGCGACGUGGCGUAGCUCCUGACCUGUCUUUAAUAGAAGUGAAGCUGGCAGCAGCGGAAAAAUCGAAAGAAGAAUUGCUCGGUGAAAAAGAUUUAGGUCAGCAUGCCACUGGUGAAUCUGUUCUGGUGAGGGACUUUGAGCAGGAGAAAAAAGAGAAGUUGGAUACAGUGCUAGAGAAAAGUGAAGAUCAGGUUGAUGCUAAGGAGGUAUAUCCCAUUAAAGCUACAGACCUGGAGAAGACAAGACCUGAGGCAAUCUUAGAAGUGAGAGAAGAAGGUCUGGUUGAUAAAGAUCAUAUAACUGGUGAUAUCAUGUAUGACAGACUGUUGUCCCCAGAGGUAGCAAAAGGAAAAGAUGCUGUUUCUCUGUUGAUUGAGAAGGAGAAGACUCUUAGUGUUGUUCCUGAAAUGACUGAGAUAGACAUUCCAAUAAAACCAGAUUAUAACGCUAUAAAGCACGAUAUGGAAGUGGCUGCAAGGAGAGCAGACCAAGAAUAUCAGAGUCAGUUAGAUGCUAAGGUUCGUGAGGUUGUUUCUCCCCCUCCAGGACAGGACAAAGCCUCUGUUCAAAGAGCAGAACCUGAACCUCAAGGGACUCAGCAGAAAGAUCAGAUUGUUUUGUCCAGAGAAAGCAAGGAUGCAGAUGUACUUUCCAAGACUGAGCCUAGUCAUGUGAAGGACGCUGCAAAAUUGACUGAAACAGAAAUUAAGGAAAAAGUACCUAAGCCAGAUCUGGUACAUCAAGAGGCAGUUGAUAAAGAGGAAUCAUAUGAAUCUAGUGGAGAGCAUGAUCAAGUCCAGGAAGGUCUGAAUGGAGAAUCCUUGAAAUCAGAGGACAUCAAAGGGGAACCUCCAAAGCCUUCUGUGUCAAAGGAAGACACUCCUGCAGAGCUACCGGCAAAGGAGCCCUCUGUGGAGCUCCCUCUUCCAAAAGCUGAGCUGCUGCAAGAAGAGGCUGCUGAGGUGCAGAUGGAGAGCAUACCGCAACCUACAGAGGGAAUUGAAAAGAUUCCAGAUGCAGCUAUGAAAGCCAUGGAAAUCCAAAAGCCACUGCCAUGUGAAGUGACAGCUGAGGCCACAGAAAGGGAAGAACAGGAGGAGGAAGAGGCAGCAGGAGGACAAGAGGAAAAAGAAGAGGAUAAACAGCAACUUGUAAAAGAAAUGCCCUCAGAAGUAGACUUAGGGAUGCCUACAGGUGAAGAAAUGCCAGUCAAGGCUGGCUCAGAAGCACUGCUAGAACUGAAAGGUGUUAUUGAAUCCGUGGUGACAGUAGAGGAUGACUUUAUCACAGUUGUGCAGACAACAGUUGAUGAGGGUGAAUCAGCUUCCCACAGUGUGCGGUUUGCAGCUACCCAGGAAGACUUGGAAGCAGGGGACUCCCAGGCUGAGGAGGAACUGGAGAUAGAGGAAGGGGCUGACAUUCAUGGUGAGCCCAAGGAGGGCUCCCCAGAAGCUCCUGCAACACCCGACAGAGAAGAAGUCCUGCUCACCGACUACAAGACAGAGACAUGCGACGAUUACAAAGAUGAAACAACCAUUGACGACUCCAUCAUGGACACGGACAGUCUCUGGGCGGAUACUCAAGAUGAUGAUAGGAGCAUCAUGACUGAACAGUUAGAGACUGUUCCUAAAGAGGAGAAGGCAGAGAGAGAAUUGCGAAGACCAUCUCUCGAUAAACAUAAAAAAGAGAAACCUUUUAAAACUGGGCGAGGCAGGAUUUCUACUCCUGAAAGGAAAAUAGCUAAAAAGGAACCUAGCACACUCUCCAGAGAUGAAGUGAGAAGGAAAAAAGCAGUAUAUAAGAAAGCUGAAUUUGCUAAAAAAACUGAAGUUCAGGCCCACUCUCCCUCCAGGAAAAUCAUUUUAAAACCUGCUAUCAAAUAUACUAGACCAACUCAUCUCUCCUGUGUUAAACGGAAGCAGACAGCAGCAGGUGGUGAAACAAACCAAGCUCCUGGUGUAUUUAAACAAGCCAAGGAAAAACUCUCAGAUGGAGUAAGCAAGAGUCCAGAAAAGCGUUCCUCUCUACCAAGACCUUCUUCUAUCCUUCCUCCUCGAAGAGGACUGUCAGGAGACCGAGACAGAGAGGAGAACUCUCUCUCCCUCACGACCUCCCUCUCAUCUUCAGUACGACGGACUACACGAUCGGAGCCAAUUCGUAGCAGAACAGGAAAAAGUGGAACUUCUACCCCCACCACUCCUGGCUCCACUGCCAUCACUCCAGGGACCCCUCCUAGCUACUCCUCGCGUACUCCAGGCACUCCGGGGACCCCAAGCUAUUCCAGAACCCCCCACACUCCUGGGACCCCCAAGUCUGCUAUACUGGUACCCACUGAGAAAAAAAUUGCCAUCAUUCGCACUCCUCCCAAGUCUCCAGCCACUCCGAAGCAGCUACGAGUUAUUAAUCAGCCUCUACCUGACCUCAAGAAUGUCAGGUCCAAAAUCGGUUCAACAGAUAAUAUCAAGUACCAACCUAAAGGAGGGCAGGUUAGGAUUUUAAACAAGAAGAUCGAUUUUAGUGAUAUUCAGUCCCGCUGUGGUUCCAGAGAUAACAUCAAACAUUCUGCAGGGGGAGGAAAUGUACAGAUUGUAACCAAGAAGAUAGAUUUGAGUCAUGUGACUUCCAAGUGUGGCUCCCUCAAGAACAUCCACCACAAGCCAGGUGGUGGACGUGUGAAAAUUGAAAGUGUGAAACUGGAUUUCAAAGAAAAGGCGCAGGCUAAAGUUGGUUCCCUCGAAAAUGCCCACCAUGUACCUGGAGGUGGUAAUGUCAAGAUCGAUAGCCAGAAGCUAAACUUCAGAGAGCACGCGAAGGCCCGCGUGGACCACGGCGCCGAGAUCAUCACACAGUCCCCGGGCAGGUCCAGCGUGGCCUCGCCACGCAGGCUCAGCAACGUCUCGUCCUCCGGGAGCAUCAACCUGCUCGAGUCGCCCCAGCUCGCCACCCUCGCCGAAGACGUCACGGCCGCCCUCGCUAAGCAGGGCUUAUGAAUCUGCUCCCUUGCGCGGUGUAUGAAGUAAUAAUAUUUAGGCAUGAGCUCUUGGCAGGAAUGGGCUCAGAGCAGGUGUUGCAUUCAUCCUUUACCAUGUCUAAAACUAAGUCAUAUCCCAAGACUUGUAGUUAACAUACAAUAAAAAAAAAAAAAAGAAAAAAAAAAUUAAAUAGAGGCAGAAAUUGGCCUAAUCUCCAUUUCCAACAGGAAGACACUGGCUUUAUAUGGGUAUACAACUGCAGUAUGUUACAUUGGACAAUUAUUGUUGCUCUGCUCUGUCUUGCAUGGAGUACUGUACUAUGAUAAAAUGCAUUUUUACCUUUCAUGUGCCUGAGGGCCAUCCACCUCUUUCUGAAGAGCCUUGUUAAUAUCCCAAGUUGCUCAUUUUGCUGUUCUCUUGAUAGAUGGGAAAAUAAAAAAUGAAAAAGUUGCCCAUUGUAAGUUAUUACAGGUUAAAUUAAGAGUCUGCUUACCAGAAGGUCGGGCAUAUAGAGAAAUUCAAGUUUAACUUAAAACAAAAAAAAAAAAAAAAAAAAGUUAUUUUGUAUAAAUGAGUAGAACAAAAGUUGAACUAAGUUAUUAACCUUUUUUUUGGGCCUGGGUAAUUAUGUCAGUGUAUAGCUGAAAAGCCAAUAAAUUAUUUAACUAAUAACUAAAAAUAGUAGUUGAAAAACACUUGAACCAUGUUUGGGGAAGUGACUUAAAAAAAGCUGUCGAAAGGAAGCACUUCCACCCCAAUGGACUUGUGUCUGAGUAGAAUGUUGGUUAAGCGGCUAGAUGUGUGUGCGCACUACCGGUUUCACACCCUUUCCAUCUGUUUGAUACAGUAUUAUAGAUAUAUAUAUUUCUUUGUGGCCAUUUGUGAUACACCCUCCUCAUAUACUUGAAUAUUCUACUUUAUUCACAGUAUCUGUGUCUCUUGCACCCUUUGGUGUUGCAAUUUUAGGUAUGUAAAAGUAGAUGUUAGCAGGGUUUUUUUCCCUAUUCAUAAGAAUACAUUUAAAAAAGACAAAAACUUUUAGCAUGAAGUUGCUUUCU